AUGCCUACAACGGACGACAUCUUUGUUCACCUCGGUCGGUGGCACUUGCCAGUCAUGCUGUUCUGCUUCUACCGUGGUUUCCCCGCCGCCUACCACGCAGUGUCAACGACAUUCAGUGCACCUGCCCUGGACCAUUGGUGUGCCAGACCGCCGGAAUUUGCCAACUGGACGAAGGAGGAAUGGCUUUCCAUGGGAAUACCAUUGCGGCACCACAGCGGGGACCUGAAACCAAGUCGGUGUGAGGUGUUUUCAUGGGAAAAGCUUCUUGACGGCAGCGUCAUAAUUCAUAAUAAUACCAGGGUCCGCUGCUCAAGUUGGGAGUACGACAUGACCGGCCACACAAACACUCUGACCAAUGAGUUCAACCUGGUCUGUGAUCGUGUCUGGCUGCGAGCCACAUCCCAGAGCGUUUACAUGGCCGGCCUCAUGGUGGGGAACUUUAUCUACGCUCACCUCUCAGACUGGUAUGGAAGGAAGCGGGCGCUGGCGUUCAUGGUUCCCGUUCCAAUCGUUGCUGGCAUUUUGACAGCCUUCUCGUCCAACUUCCUAAUGUUCAACGUCGGCAGGUUCAUCAGUUCCCUCGGAAUGGGAGGAAUCCAGAACACGACCUUCACAUUUGUGCUGGAAGUCUUAUCUGCUCGGCAUCGUGCGCUAGGCGUACUAAUAGCCAAUGGGGGCUGGACGACGGGCCUUGUGACUCUGGUCGGCCUUGCCUGGUUUAUCCGUGACUGGUUUUAUAUGCAGAUAGCCAUAUCGUGUGCCUGUCUUCUGUUGGCCAUCAACUGGUUAUUUUUGCCCGAGUCUCCUCGCUGGCUUCUUGCGACGAAAAAAUACGACGAGGCAGAAAGAGAGCUUAACGAUGCUGUAAAGAAGAACAAGAUCAAAGACAUCGAAGUAGAAGCUAUCAUCAAGGACUUCAAAGGAAAAUUAACAGAGGAGAAGACGUCAACAAAACCAACGUUCAUUGAGCUCUUUAGGAUUCCUUGCAUCCGCUGGACAACAGUGAAUAUGUCUGUAAUAGGAUUUCUGAAAACAUGGAUCUACUACAACUUGACAUACUCAAGCGUUUUACUUGGUAGCAAUCCAUACACAAGCUUUGCCCUUGUUGCUGCCAUAGAGUACCCAGUGAGGUUGGUGGCGGUGCUAUUUAUCAACUACGUCAGAAGGCGACCGUCCUACAUUGUCCUCUACGCGUUUGCCGGGCUGUGCUCGACAGUCAGCAUAUUCCUUCCUAAGAGAAUGUGGUGGCUACAGCUUUGCUUCACCAUGCUCACCAAACUUGGAAGUUCCUGCGCGUAUUCGGUGAAUUUUGUCCAUAUGUCGGAGCUGUACCCCACCAAGCUUCGGACUCUGGCAAUGGGCUUCACCAUCACGCUCGGUCGACUUGGAGCCAUCAUUGCGCCCUUUACCAAGGAACUGGGAGUCAUAUUCGCACCGUGGGCUCCCAAAAUUGUUGAUGUGGCCAUAUGCAUCGCCCUUGGUUUUCUUAGCGCACUGCUGCCGGAAACAUUCGGGAAAGAGCUUCCCGACACCGUCGAAGACAUUAUUAAGCAGAAGAGAAUACUUUAA